AUGAUUCCAGAACGAAUAAACGUUAGUAGUUCCCAAAAUAUCCGCCACCCUCCUACACAUACCUCCAAGGAAACAACAUUGUUUGAUCGAUACCAAUCGGCCUCAAAACACUGUCUUCUGGAUAUUCAAUCAGAAAAUCAUUGACAAAAUGACGCCCAAACUGAUUUCGGAGAAUUCAACUGAUCCGAACAUUUCCUCAAUAAACAAACAGAUCUUGGAGAUGAAAAAGAAAAUUCAAUUGUCAGAGGGCCAGAGGAGGGCCCUCUUCGAAGAUUGCGAGGCCGAAAAAAAAUCGAACGCGGAAGAGAUAUCCAAGCUGAAGAAGGAAAAUUCUGAUCUCCUCACAUCGCUGUACGAACACUCCAAUUCCACGGCUAAACUGGAGGUCCAGAGGAGGAAAAUCGAGCAUUUGAUAGGGCCGCUAGAAGGAAAGGAAGGUAGCGAGGUGCGAGAACUGCUGGACCUGCAACUCAUCGACAAGUCGAAGCAGCUAGAUCUGCUGAGGUAUCAUAUGAAAAAGAGACGAGAACGUCUGGCCCAACUGGGACAGAAAUUCCAAAUCCUGAUGUCGGAACAGGCGAAAAAAGACACCAUGCUCAAGGUCGACCUCCCCAUGAAAAAGGCCUCCUGCGAAAUCCAGAACAACAUCCACGCGGUCGAGGUGCAGCUCAGGGAGGCGGAGCACAUCAAGAAUCGCUACCAGGUGAUCAAGGACACUCUUUCUGCUGAUGCGGCCAAAUUCGAGAGCAAGAUCAAGAAGAUCGAGGAGGAUCUGGCGGAGCAGAAAAACGAAACCGAUAGGUUGCAGAAGAUUCUAAAGGAGGCAGUUACCUUGAAGAACAACGCAAGGAGGAUUCUGCUCCAAGAAGAAAGGGACAGCUUUAAAAUCGCUAAACAGAGGGAAAAGCAGCUAGAGGAAGGUAGACUCUUGGUAUCGGCGAGAAGGACGGAACUGGAGAGUUUGGAGAAGAAAAUCUACCAGACGGGCAAGUUGACAGCCAGACCUGAACCGGAGGGUGCGGAGGAAGCGACCAAUCUGAACGACGAAGACAGGUCGGACUCUAUGCUGUGUCCGCUCGAAGUUCUUGAGAAGACUUUUGAAAAACUGAAGGCUGCUACGGGAGCACCGACUGCUGAGAAGACCCUGGAGAAGUUCAGCAACCAGAGAGACACUUUGAAGAGGUUGGAAACGUUGAAGGCGAAAGCGGAGACAGAGAAAGAAAAACUGGAGAAGAAGGUAGAACGGAGAACUGCCGAGCUGGAAUAUCUCAAAUACGCGCAAGUCAAGGAGGCGGACAGGAAUUCCGAUGAGGUGGAAAGAAAGAACAAUCUACUCUCGCAACUCCAGGAAAAAGCCAAGCAAUGCAGGGAAUCCAGGGAACAAGCAGACUCGAUAACCAAAGUCGCUACGACCAGUCUUCACAAGAUCCACAUGAACCUUUGUCGGACCGCAACGGUGCCCAAGGACCCCCUAGCGAUCCUCGACCACGUCAAAAAGGAAGCGAAAAGGCUCAUCGACAGUUACAGGAAGCACACAGAGGCCGAACGUCUUAGUACCAAGGAGGAAAACGUCUACCAAGACGAAAAAUGGCUGCCUUCCCCCUACAUCCGGUUGACGUCCAAGACUCCAGUCUCACAGCAAGGCUCCCCCUCUGUGCCCCCUUUGGGGUCGGACGAGGAGGAGGAGGUACCGUCCAGAGGCCACUUGAAACGACAAGCCCAAAUAGUCGUGGACGCUAAGAUGAGGAGAAAAAACAUAAAGAUGCAACUUCCCAGGAGGAUUUGAGUCUUCGGGUGCUAGAAAGUAGAAAUUUUUCGACAAAUUCUUUAUUCAAAUUAACAGUUGAUUAAAAUACACUGAAAACUGAUUUGGUCAGUUUUAUGUUCGUAGUUGAAAUGAUGAGUUUAUAUACAAAAUCUACAUGAACGUUAAUUUUUACAAUAAUCAGUUAAAUAAUAAUAAAAGUAACUAUAAAAAGAUGUAAGUAUCUACACCCAAUAUUCAGUCUCAUCGAGCUAAAAAAAUUAAUUAGUUUAAAUUAAAAGCUGUACGACUCAAACGUUUUGAUGCGGAAAUAAUGAACAGUUUGAGUUACUCACAAAUUUUCAUGAUUUUUAACGACAUUUAUAAAUAAAUCCAAUUACACCUCAACUCUGAAUUUGAUUGAAACAGCUCACCAACUCGAAAUCGUCCCUUUUAAAAGACUCACAAAUUUUAGAUUUCGGUGACAUCUGACUGAAGUAUCAGAACUACAAAUACUGUAUUUUAUUUACAAAUAAUGCUCUAAUUUCAUACUGGAAUCAAAUCUUAUUUUCUGUUGUAUAAAAAUAUUUCGAUUAUAUUUGGUUUCUCAUUCCUUGGAAUAAAUUAAGUUAAAACGUACAAAGCAUCAUCGAAUAUUAGUAUAUUUCAGUCGAGUUUCGCACUCAAACAAAAGAUGAACAAGUGCCCCGUUUCAAAAGCCUACUUAAAUUAAAUAAAACAGCCAUAGUCGUAUACGAAAUUAAAUUUUUUGUACGGUGAUACAAGAUUAAAUUUUAUUCCAAAGAAGAAUUUGAGGUAUAGCCCAAUUUUUACAUUGUUUACGGGAGGCAAUGAAACAAUCAUUCCAUGAUCCACAUAUUUGUUUCCGAUUGGUUGAUACAUAUGAAGUCUACGUAAAAUCAUCGUUCAAUUUAAAU